AUGAUAACUACAUCGCUCACUCGGAUAGAUUGUUCGAAAUGUCAAAGACGGCGCAUCAAGUGUGAUCGCACCUGGCCAGGGUGUAAAAAAUGUGGAAAGCGCUUUCUAGAAUGCCCAGGAUACGGUCUCAAAUUGAAGUGGGUUCAGGGAGUCGCCAGUCGGGGUAUGUUGAAGGGGAGAUCCCUACCUGUGAGAAAUUCACCCCUGGUGUUGCAGCCACCCACUGGGGCUCCAGCUACGUUGCCCUUGCCAGAUCCCAGUUCCCGAUUGAUACAUUCACCGGGACUGUUCCAUUCAUUGCACUCGCCGAGGCUAGUUGCCUGUUCCACAGAGCGUGUGGCACAACGGCUGGCAUGGGUUGAUGGGCCUCGAAAUCCUUGGCGAAGAAUCGUUUUGCCUCUUGCUGAAACCCACGAGACAGUUCUCCUGUCUAUUCUCGCCUUGGCUGCAACCGAUAUAUCGUCCCAGUUCCGAAAGGGUGACCCUUGGUUUGAAAUUUUCAAAAAUUUAUCACAGACGUAUCAUCGACAUGCGUUGAAUUUAUUGACCUACGAGCUGAAGGGCAUGUGUGCGCUCCCUCCAUCCCAAACACGCUCAGCUGCGUCUUUCUUCCCCACACUUGUAUCGGUGAUGAUCAUUUGCAACAAAGACAUACUCAAUGCAGAGACCUUGGAAUGGCGCAUGCAUCUGACGGCCGCCCGUGAGAUUCUUGCUGCCGCAAGCGAUUGCUCAGAUCCGCAUCAAUCAUUUGCGCCGAUGCGAGAGUUUUUUCUUCAAGAGUACUACACAACUUCCGUGUGGACUCAGCUGAUGAACUUCAACCAAAUGGGCAGGAUAGUGAUGGACCCGCCAACUAGCAACGAAGAUGCUGCCUUGACUGGAUUCGUGAAUGUUAUUCAUCAAAUCACCCAACUGGAACGUACGAAAGCUGGACUUCAUUCUUCGGACGUGAAUAAACCGCAUCAGCUUCACGACCAAGGUAUCUAUGCAGAGAUCGAGUCAGCCAGGGCCGAUUCUUUGCGUCUCGGUCAAAGCAUCAAUUUCUGGUCAGACACCCAUCGUCAAAAUUUCAAUACGUUAGUGCGGAUGUAUUACCAUGCUACGUUAAUCUAUAGUGAUCAAGCCCUAUCGAUGAGCUCGAUAGCUAGUACGAACAUGAAGGCCUCCCAGGAUCACAUUAUGAACGACCUCAGGCAACUGAGUCAACUUGAGGCCGGUUUCCAUCAUGCGCAGGAUUUUAUUUGGCCUCUUUUCAUCGCCGGCACAGAGCUGCGCGGAGAUUUUGCAGGACAGGCGCUGGUCGAGUGCCACUUCAAGACAGUGAUGCGCAUCAGCCGUACCUUGGAUCGGGAUCGCGUAUUGUCAUUUUUGAGGUCCUGGUGGGAGCAAGAUUCCGACCGCCAAACUUCCUGGAUUCAAUAUGCUCGAGAGCGAUCCUCCGAUUACAAUCUCAUUAUAGUGUGA